AUGGAAGUGGCAUUCACCAUUUCGCCGGGAGAACGGCAACAUGUGGAAUAUCUUGCAGACCUAUUUGCAAUUAUUCUCGCGAUUGAGAAAGUGGAGAAGGCCACGUUACGCGAUAUCAUUACGCAAGAACAAUACAGUUCUACCAUUACACGGUUGUUAGACAAGUACAAGUCUACUGUUACCUACCUCGAACAAAGUCGCAAUCCGUUCUACUCCACUAUUGACUCGUUUUGGGAGAACUACGGUUCUAGGUGUCCCGCUGCCCGCACGCGCAUUCAGCUUUCGUUUGAUGACGCCAAGCAACAACAACAACAGCAGCAAGACAGUGAUGUUAAUGGUACUGUGGAUCCUAGGCUAGUGCUAGAGUGUGGUCAGCACUUCAUUACACUAAUGGAUUCGCUAAAACUACAACAAACGGCGGUUGAUCAGUUGUACACGUUACUUGCAGACCUUGUGCGUGGCUUGCAGCGGCUUGGUGUCACAGAUCAGAGCUUCUUUCACCGUCUUACGACGUGGAAAGAAAAGUUUGAUACCAUGAAUGCCUCAGACGAACUGAGUGAACGGGACACACGCGAGUUUGCGUUUGUUUUGGAGUGUGGCUACCAGGCCUUCCACGCGUACCUUAGCGAGUCAUCUGCGCGACGGCCAAAGGCGUAA